AUGGCCAGAUUUGUUGGGGGCGGCAAGUGCCAUCGAUGCACAUGGAAGGGGAGGGUGAAGUCCUCGAUAGCCCUAAAGUCCCCCCAAAGCUCCUCCAACUUCCCCUCGGCAGCGGGAGCAGCAACGGCAAGAAUAGAAGAGACGCUCCUCGACGAUGGAACCACCGCCGAUGGUGACGGCGGCCUACAUGGGACCCGAGAAAGGGGCGUCAAGGUGGAGGGCGGCAUUGGCGGCGCCUCCUGCCCCUCGCCGCCUCUGCCUCCGGUGAAGGUUGAAGCCGCCGACGAGGGUGAACUCAAGGUCAAUGUCAAGAGGGAGCCGAUCGAUGCCGACACCGACGAGGUGAAGGUAAAGGUUGAAGCUUGUGGCGAGGCAGAGGUGAAGGUGAAGGUUGAAGCCCAUGGUGGGGUCGAAGUCAAGGUGAAGAGGGAGCCAAUCGAAGCCGAUGGCUACUUCGAAGAGCAAUCUGGUCGUCGGGUGAAGCAGGAGGAGGUGGCCGACGCAGUCGGUGUCAAGGAGGAGCAGGCGCGCGAUUCGCCAAUCAAAGGACAACUUUUGUCGCGGCGCCGUGUCAAGGAGGAUCCGGACAGUGACAGCAGUGAAGAUGAGGUGGAGAUCGUGGAUCCCGCGCCGAGGUCCAAGAAGAGGCCCCGCGAAGACGACGGCGUGCCUUUCAUCGAUCUGACGACGUCUCAACCGGUGCCGUACCUGAACCCGAAGCCCAUCCGCGCGCUGCCACCACCAGGGGCCAUGCCGGUGAGUGAGUGGAGGAUGGUGGUGGCGCCGCCGCCGCCUGAGCUGGACGAGUACCCACCAGACCGCCGCGAAUGGUGCUUCUUCAAGAAGUCGUACGCCACCGGGCUGUCGACUUGCCGCGGGAGGAAGCUGCUGGACGCCGGCGAGGUCGUGCACUUGGCGUUCCCGUCGUCGCACGACAGGCUCCACGGCGGCCUCAGGAUGUCGGUCAGGCAGGCGGCUGCUCUGGCGGAGAUCGUGCGCUUCUCAACCAACCGAUCUGGAGAGAUUGGGAAGCUAUCUCCCGUGUGGGCAAAGUGCCUUGCCCCGCUGGCAAGUUCUACAAGGAUUAUGGUCCAGGCAAAGAUAGUGUUCCCGAUGAUGGAACUGAGGCUGAUGCAGGAAGUUUUGCUCUAUGUCAGUUACUCCGGCGAUUCGGCGUACCUGAAAACUGAAGUCCUGGUGGUACCAGAAGGUACCCAAUGGACAACGAUGGCCGCUUGGAAGGUGAAGAACAGAUGGGCUGGAAAGACCAUUGUUGACCUCUUCACUGAUGAGUUCAAAGGGCGCUCCCGCGAUUACUAUAUUCAUGCAGUGAAGUGUGGGAGGCUUCAGGUUGAUGGGCAAACGGUUCACACAGACUAUAUUGUGAAAUCAUCACAGAAGAUAAGCCACUUCUUGCACAGGCACGAGCCACCUGUCUUGGUGGGUGAUAUUUCAAUACUUCAGAAUGAAGUUGAUGUCGUAACUAUUUGCAAACCAGCUUCUGUUCCAGUUCAUCCAUGUGGCCAAUACCGCAAGAAUACUGUAGUUGGGAUUCUGCAGGCUGAGCAUGGGUUAACACCCUUAUUUCCGGUGCAUCGGUUAGAUCGUUUGGUUUCAGGCCUCCUUAUAUUUGCAAAAAAUGCCGACAGAGCUGAAUGUUUCAGGCAACAGAUUGAAGCUGGUCUGCUGCAAAAAGAAUAUGUGGCCAAGGUUGUUGGGGUUUUUCCUGAUGGUGAGCAAACUGUCGAUGCCAAUGUAAAUUUCAAUGCACGGGAAGGAAGGAGUACCGUGGAGAUUAGUGGUGGUGCUGGUGAAAAACCAAAUGGAAAACAAGCACUCACCAGGUUUCAAAGGAUUUGCACUGAUGGGACACACAGUAUUGUCUUGUGCAAACCUGUGACUGGUCGAACUCACCAGAUAAGGGUGCAUCUAAAGCACGCUGGUUAUCCAAUAGCUAAUGAUGAGCUGUACCUAUCGGGGAACUUUUGUCCACGAUCAACAAAAGGAACAAGUGCCAGUAAAGAAAUUGCACCAUCAGAUCCAGACAAUAGUGCUGCUGAUCAUGGCAGCAAAGAUGCAGAAACAGAUGUGGAGUUUGAUAUCGACCCCAAGUGCACAAACUGUCCAAAUCUUGCUCCAGUAGGUUAUGAUGGAGAUGAGGAAGGACUAUGGUUGCAUUGUGUGCGGUACACUGGUCCUGACUGGAGCUACGAAUGCCCUUAUCCUGACUGGGCGUUCCUUGGUAGCGUGUCAACAAAGAAGAUGAAGUCAUGA